CCAUGCGCAGGUUGCCGUGCCUUGCCUCCCAGCCAAGAGGAGAAAUACCACUGUGCUACUGACAGGGAUUUUACGCGCAGCUGAACAAAGAUGCCAGAGGAGCUCGCUAACUGCAGUCUGUGUUGCUGUACCACGACCAACAAAAUACUCAUGGUGGUCUUCAUGAUAUCACUCAUACUUGCUAUACUUUUCGGAAACCUCCUGACACUGGCGGUGGUCUCUGGAACCAAACACUUCCACACUCCACAGGGGUAUUUAAAAGCAUCAUUGGCCGUGGCAGACCUGGCUGUGGGCGUUUUUGUGGUUCCCAUUUCAGUCUACACAGAAAUAUCUCUUAUGGUCUACAACUCGAUGCCAGAGUGGACAACGCGCAAUUCCCAAACCUCACCUUUCCACCCGUGCAGUUUCAUCGGACCUGUGUUUGCGGGAUGCACUUUGGUUUCCAUUACAACCAUUUUCCUCCUGACAAUUGAAAGGAGCAUUGCCGUUUUGAAGCCACUGCACAAGGAAUCUGUCAUAACUAAAAAGAGAACAAGCAUACUAAUAGUAUUUUCCUGGAUGGGCAGUUUUUUCCUGGCAAUAUCUCCAAUGGUUUUCAGCAACGAAAUCGCGCUGGAGUACAAUCCUUGCAGCCGAAUGUGCAAUUACGCGCUGGGAAGCGCAGACUUCCCAUCCAGAGCUUGGAAAAUUCUUUUACUCUUCCCUGCCUUUGACUUUACGCUUCUAGGAGGUACAGUUGUCAUCAAUAUCAUAUCCCUCACCACAAUUCGCCAGCAUUCAAAAAGAAGAAAACACCUGGCAGAGACUGAGAACCAAAGCGCAACGAAGCCAACCUUCUCCGACAUCAAGGCUGCCAAGACGAUAGGCACCCUCACUUUGGCUUUCACCGCUUCCUUUACUCCCAUUGCCGUGUUUGUAGUUGGAAAUGUACUGGGAAACGAAUGGUGCACUUUUUCGUUUUUUGCCUUUUGGAUUUUGACGACGAACAGCUGCUGGAAUGUGAUUAUUUAUGGCGUGAGAGACCAGAAGUUUAGAAGUCGCGCGUGUCAGCUGCUGACGUCAGCUCGAUUGAACACUGCGUCUAAGAAAACCGAGUACGAAAACACGGUAAAUGGCGGGAAAACCGACGAGGAAGUAGCCAAGCAACCCUAAUCACUGAUUUGGCUGAUUAAUAGCCUAAUUUAAGUGGUGCUUUUAUUAAAGGCCCUUAAAAUGUUCUCUAUACCAGCUUAUCUUCAUUAAAAUGAUUGAUGUCUGGUUUA